AUGGCGUUUCGAAUUCCAGAAGACGAUGGCACCGACGAGUGUGUCGUCACGCUGCGCGGCCCGGUGCUGACAGCCGCAGAGGAGCAGAAGAAGUGGCUGCAGGAGGCCCUCAUCGCCGUCGAUCGAAAAGCUGCCAUCAUGCGCAACAGCAUGGAGAGUCAAGACAGCAUGGCGGUGGUGAUUCGUGCCGCUGCGCAGAUGCUGGAUGAGCUGCGCACGAACCUGCUGGAGCCGCAAAACUACUACGAGCUCUACAUGAAGGUGUUCAGCAUGAUGGAGGUGUUUGUGGCGUACCUCGAGGACGAACAACGCGCGAAGCGACACACCCUCGAGGAGAUGUAUGAGCGGGUGCAGUUUUGCGGUUACAUUAUACCUCGUCUGUACCUGCUGAUUGCGGCCGGUGCGGUGUAUAUCGAUGCCGGAGAUCAGCCAGCCCUCGAAAUUGCGCGAGACUUGGUAGAGAUGUGCAAGGGUGUGCAGCACCCGACCCGUGGGCUGUUUCUACGCCAUUUCUUGUUGACAAUGAUGAAGGGCAAGCUGCCCGGUGACCAAAACCGCCGGGUCAGCGACGUCGGCAACGGGCCCGCAGGGGAGGGGCAGGAGGAGUAUCCGCACAAGGAGGAUGGCGGCACGGUGGCGGACACCGCGAAUCUGCUCGUGCAGAACUUCAAGGAAAUGAACUGGUUGUGGAUUCGCAUGGAGGCUGGGAGCUAUGUCAACCGCAACGGCGGCAGCACGAACAGUGUCACCGCCUGCAGUCCGACUACUGCCGCGCUGCCGGCCACCUCGCUUCCUCCGGCUGCGUCAACUGCCGCGUCGUCACGGUCGUCAGACGCCGCCACACGCCCGGGCUCUCCGUCGCGGUCGCUUCGCGCAGCACGUCGCACGCAGCAGGAGCGCCGCGCCAUGUGUGUCUUGGUCGGCAUGAACGUUGUCCGCGUGGCACAGCUGGACGGCAUCAGUCGCGACGUCUAUGCGAGCACCAUACUGCCGCAGCUCCUGUCCAUCAUGGUGCGCUACUGCGAGCCGUUGGCACAGCAGUACCUCUUCGAGGUGCUCAUACAAGUCUUCCCGGACGAGUUCCAUCUCUUCACAAUUGACAAGCUCUUCGGCGCCAUCAACCGCACCGUCCCUGGCGUCGAGGUGUCGGAGCUGCUCCGCUCGCUGAUGGAGCGGCUCUGCAAGUACGCCGUGGCCGUGCAGGAAGGCGUGACGGAGGUGUCGAGUCCUGAAGAAGAGGCGAAGCUGCGUGAUGUGUUCCCGAUGCUGCUCAACCAAAUGAGUUGCAUGUCUGUCUCGUACAGCGCGCAAAGGUCUGCCGCCACCGUGAUCAAGCGCACAUCGACGGUGCCGCCGCCGACGCCGAUGAUGCUGGGUACGUACGUGACGACUAUGCGACACCUUGUGAACGUGGUCAUGACGCUCUACGGGAAGUCGGCGAAGCGCCGCUUCAUGUCGCUGUCGAACAUUGUCGAUGUUGUGGCCUCCAAGUUCCCUUCGGCGCCAGCGGACUCGUCAGAGUCGAAAGAGUCGUCGGGCGUGGUCGAGACUGCGGUGGCGUCGGCGGAGACGUUGACACACGUAUCCAUCAGCCCAGCUGCGGCCCUUGCCGCGGGUCAGUUCCUCGUGCACAUCAUUACGGAGUCUUGUGCGACGGUACAGGAAGUAAUGGCCAUGGAAGGCAUUGCGGCGCUCACAUCGUGUCUGCCGUUCUUGCAGAGGCGCGAGGUGGCCAUGGCGGUGUGCGAGGUCGCCCUGCGUGGCAGCACGGCCGCGCCGGUGCUGCCGUCCGUUAGCAAGGCAGCAAGUAGUGGCGCCGGUGGUGGUGGUUGGAAGCCAACGGUGGUGGUCACGGUGCCGCCACCGUCGCCGCGUCCUAUAACGGCUCUGGAGGACGUUGCACGCCUCUUCGAGCUGCUGGACCCGAUCCUUGUCGAGCAGCCCGACGCCCCAUCCGACCCGCGGCUUAUCUACAAGUACAACCCGGCCGUGGAGUUCGUCGACGAGCAGAACCUCGUGUGCCGCAUGCUUCACCUCCUCGCCAACGACGACCCGGCCGUCUAUGCAAAGAUGUUGACCGGCGUACGUAAGGUUCUCCUGCAAGGAGGCGCGCGGCGCAUCCCGCUCACCUACCCGACCCUGAUGACGCUACACCGGCGUGCAGCGCUGCGGCUCUAUGCCCAGUAUCAGCGUCUCUCCUCCUCGAGCGCCAAGUCCGACGAGGGCGAGAGGGACGGCGACGAGGCUGAUACGGCGGCGGCGGCGGCGUCGCAGGCGAUGAAGGCUAUCCGCAAGUGUUUUAGUCAUGUGCACUCGGGUGACAGCAAGGGUAUCCUCGAAGUGUUCGCGGUCGAGGCACCCACGGAAGCUCUCAAGGAGUACCUCUUCUGCUCCAACACGGCCGAUGUAUGCGAGCAAUCAGAGACCAGCUAUACGCUCUACGUCGAGGCGCUGACGCUGUACGAGGGUCACGUUGAGGGUCACGAGCAGAUCGACGUUCUCGUCGCCUGCGUGAAUGCUCUGUGCCAGAUGCGCAGCAUGCCGGAGGAAAACUACGAAGUGCUGGCGGCGAAGGUGUGUCAGUACGCGUCAAAGAUGCUCAAGAAGCACGAUCAGAGCUACCUCGUCGCCGUCUGCGCCGCGCUCUUCGCGAAGAAGCAGCUCUCGCGCGAGAACCAGCAGCGUGUGCAGGAGUGCCUGCGGCGGUCUCUGAAGCUGGCGGGGCAGGUUCUCGCCCUCGCGCAACUGCAGCUGUACGUGCAGCUGCUGAACAUCUUUCUGCACUUCUUCACAUCCAAGAGCGGCUACUUGGUGUCCGUCGAACUCGUGAAUGAGCUGAUAGAGAAGAUCUCCGAGGCGAGCGAGGUGCAGCGCAGUGAAGUCGGCGGUGACGGCAACAACAGCACCGCCGAUGACGAUGACAGCGACAACGCAGCCAACAUGUUCGCCAAAAUCCGCCUUGUCUAUCGCAACAUCACGAAGUACAUCCGCUCUCGUCAGAGUGCCGAGGAGCGGUGGAGCGAAAUCGACGUGUGA